AUGAGCCUCCAGACCCCUCCCAGGCUCCUGGAACUGGCAGGGCAGAGCCUGCUGGGGAAGGAGGCCAUGGCCAUCUCUGCUCUGGAGGAGCUGCCCAUGGAGCUCUUCCCAUCCCUGUUCAUGGAGGCCUUCACCAGGAGAUGUAGUGAGACACUGAAGGCGAUGGUGCAGGCCUGGCCCUUCCCCCACCUUCCUCUGGGCUCCCUGAUGAAGACGCCUCAACUGGAGAUUUUAAAAGCGGUUUUGGAUGGACUUGAUGGACUGCUUUCCCAGAACGUUCGCCCCAGGAAGUGGAAACUGCAAGUGCUGGAUUUACGGAAUGUUGACCAGAACUUCUGGAGUGUGUGGUCUGGAGCCACUGUGUGCUCCUCAGAGGCCUUGAGUAGGAGGAAAACAGUGGAGGACUGUCCACGGAGAGGACGGCGGCAGCCAUUGAAAGUGUUCAUAGACCUUCAUUUAAAGGAAAGAACCUUGGAUGAAUUCCUUAUCUUCCUCUUUCUGUGGGCCAAGCAGAGAAAAGGUUUACCACACAUAUGCUGCAAGAACCUAAAGAUCUUAGCAAUGUCCAUCAAAAACAUCAAAAAGGCCCUAAAACUGGUUGAUCUGGGCUGUAUCCAGGAGGUGGAAGUGAAUUACACCUGGACAUUGUCCACCCUGGCACAGUUUGGGCCUUACUUGGGCCAAAUGCGUAAUCUCCACAAAUUUGUCCUCUCCAACAUCUAUGUUUCUCCCUACAUUUGCCCAGAGAAGAAGGAGGAGUUUGUUGCCCAGUUCACCUCUCAGUUCCUCAAGCUGGAUCACCUCCAGAAGCUCUACAUGGACUCUGUCCCCUUUCUUGAAGGCCACCUGGAUCAGCUGCUCAGGUGCCUGAAGAACCCCUUGGAGACCCUGGCAAUAACUAACUGCCUGCUGUCCGAAUCAGACCUGAGGCAUCUGUCCCAGUGCCCGAGCAUCAGUCAGCUGAAGGCCCUGGACCUCAGUGGCGUCAGACUGACCCACUUCAGUCCCGAGUUUUUCCACGUUCUGAUAGAGAAGACAGCUGCCACCAUCCAGACCCUGGACUUAGACGGGUGUGAGAUCAUGGACUCCCAGCUCAACACCAUCCUGCCAGCCCUGAGCCGUUGCUCGCAGCUCACCACCUUCAGCUUUCGUGGAAAUCCCAUCUCCAUGGCCGCCCUAGAGAGCCUGCUGCACCACACCGUCAGGAUGAGCACGUUAAGCCUGGAGCUGUACAAUGUCCCUCUGGAGACCUGUGGUGGCCUGGGUGUGCUCCACCAAAGGAGAUUUUCCCAACUUCGAGAUGAGCUGAUGGAGACACUGAGGGACUUAAGAAUUCCCAAAAGGGUUUUGUUCUGUACCGUCCCCUCCCCUUGCUGUGGCAACAGUGCAUUCUAUGGUCUGGAACCCUGUCAGUGCUGCUGUUGGAUGCCUGCCUAG